AUGGCUUUCAACAGAAUCUCAUCAUUCGGGUCCAACGACAGCGGCUACGAAAGUGGAGGCAUCGUGGAGGUCUUCGAUGAACCUCAUCGACCCAUUACCAAGAACCCUGAUCAUGCAAAGGACAUUGCCCGGCAUCGACAACACCUCAUGGCUUCUGAACUCUCUCGUCUCGACGCAGAAGACUACCAGCAAGACAUGCUAGAGCAUAUGCUGAAGAUGGAUCUCGAUACCAUGCCCGACGUCGACUCUAUCGAUAUCCAAACUGAGAUUCAAUGGUUCAUGAGACCAUACUUGUUGGAUUUCCUGGUCGAGGCUCACUCGGCAUUCCAACUCUUGCCUGAGACCUUGUUCCUAACGAUCAACCUCCUCGACCGAUACUGCUCCAAACGAGUCGUCUACAAACGACACUACCAACUGGUAGGCUGUGCAGCUCUACUCAUUGCUGCCAAGUAUGGAGACAAGAAAGAGAAGGUUCCUACCAUCAAGGAGCUCAAGUCGAUGUGCUGCUCGCUCUACGACGACGAUAUGUUUUUGCAGAUGGAGUGGCAUGUCCUGUCGACUCUCGGCUGGGCUAUUGGUCAUCCCACUGUGGACUCCUUCAUGCGACUCGUCGUCAAGGACAACGUUUAUGAUCCCGAGACCGAAAAUCUAACCCUUUACAUUCUAGAAAUCGCCCUUUAUCACCGAGAGUUUGUAUCGAAACGGUCAUCUACUCUUGCUCUUUCAGCUCUGGUCCUGGCUCGACAUAUCCUUGGCCGCCCUCAAGCACGUGCCUCAGAAUUCGGCUCUCAAUUCUGUAACACCACAGUCAUGGAGUUGUUGCAGAAGGUCCACCAACCCUCGAGCAUUUUGUCGCGGAAGUACGCAUCGGCUCGGUACUCUAACGUGACGAGACUUCUGACCAACUUUGUUGCUCAGAAGGCUGCCAUAGCUGCUGCAGCCCGAGCACCCAUCACACCCACCUAUGAGCUAACGCCACCUGUAUCUGUUAUCAAGCCAUCAGGUGAAGAGUACUUCCAGACAUUCGCGACACCUCAGAAGACUCAGUUUCCGUCCAUGGUCCAACAUGGCCUCUACACUCCCCCUAUCACCCCGGAAGGUGAGAUGUUUGGUGCCAACCAGAAGACUUUCAACGCCCCCAACCAAUAUGUUCCUCCAACCCCGACGCCUAAUGCAGUGGAUCAGCAAUUCCCACACCAAUUUGCCUAUUGA